AAUAUCUAAUUUGAAUAUCUUUGUAGAAAUGGUUAUAAUGGCAGAAAUUCGUGUCUCUAGUAUUGUUUAAGUUUAUGAAACUGAGUGACAAAAUAGACAUUUAUUUGUUAAGAAUAUUGUAACGUGCAUAAAAGUUUAAUCUUUUGAGAUUAUUUAUAUAAAAAUCUUUUUUUUAGACGAAAUACUAAUUAUUGAAAACAACGUUUUCCCUAUCAUAUUCAUUCCGAGUCAACAUCGACGUUUUUGUGUUUUUUUUUUAUGCUCAUUUACUUUGUUUAUUAUGAAUUUAAUGGAUUUUUUCGCCUACUAACUUAACAACGGAUUCAAUAAUAUAGGUCCAUACUUACUUUCCUGUCUUCGAUUUUGAUAUGACCAUUGCCAUGAUGCUGUGAUAAAGAGGUUGCUACUAGGAGUUCUUGUCAUGGAUUAUCUUCAGUUCCAUGAAAUUGAACAACUUACAAGUGAUGCAAUAGAAAACAAGUGAUUGUGAUAAUUGACAUAAAAGUGUGUUGGUGUGCCCUAGCAGGUACUUUGUAGUGGAGCCACCAGGCUAUGGCUAACCUGAACUUUGAGCAGCCACCACGCAGUAUUGCGAACGCAAGCCUUACAUCGCGCACAGGUGGGGGGGGCUUAAAUUCAUCGACCCUUACGGGUCAUGUCACACCUACCUCGGGCAUGUUCUCAGGCUCAUCCACAAGCACUUCCAGUUCAGCUAAUUCUGCGGUAGUAGUUACUAACGUUUACCCUGGAGCAUCAGGAACAGGAGGUGGACAAAAUAAUCAUCAACCUCAACAACAGCAGCUCUCUCCUAUGGGCAGCAGAGGACUGUUUGGGCAGAGAGCUUUUACAGAUAGACGUACAAUGCCUGCUCUUGGAACUUCGAAUCCAAUGGGUAGCAUGGGCACAUUUGGAAUACCUCAAAGUCGUAAUUACGGAUCUCAAAUCAAUAAUUUUCACUCUGUUUUUGGUAGUGGAGGAGGUGGAGAUACAAGUACUCCUCCAUUAUUGGAUCUAUCUGAAUUUCCUUCAUUAACGAACAGAGGACAGGGUGAUUCUAUGCCACAACCUAGUCCUAUGCCAGGAAAACAACCUUAUGUUGGAAUGGUAAAACAACCAACAUCCGAAUCAAGUGAGUUUACAAUGAGUUCUGAGGAUUUUCCAGCAUUACCAGGAACACAAAAUAGAGAAGGGCCAUCACCAGGUGGAAGUGUUUCUGGAGAUAAAAACAUAUCUGUUGGACUUGGCCCUGAAAUUGGACAAGAUGUAUUACAAGCAAAUAGAGCACCUGGAUCAGAAAAGUCUCAAUCAUCUAAAAGAGGCAUACAAACAUCUCCUGAUGGUAAAGUGACCAAUAUACCAGCUAGUAUGGUAAAAGACCAGUUUGGAAUAGUUGGAUUAUUGACAUUUAUUAGGGCAGCUGAAACAGAUCCGAAUUUAGUAUCUUUGGCAUUAGGUCAAGAUUUAACUGCGUUAGGAUUAAAUCUUAAUUCACCAGAAAGUCUUUAUCAAAAUUUUGGUGGACCUUGGGCAGAAACACCAUGCCGACCUCAGGAUAUUGAUUUUCAUGUACCACCAGAAUACCUUAUUAAUGCCGCCAUCAGAGAUAAGUUAGCACCAGUUAAAUUAAAUCGAUACAAGGAUGAUCUACUAUUUUAUAUGUUUUAUACAAAUGUUGGAGAUGUAUUGCAAUUAGCAGCAGCUGCAGAAUUGUAUAGUAGAGAAUGGCGAUAUCAUAUGGAAGAAAAGGUUUGGAUAACGCAAGCACCAGGAUUAGGACUUGUAGAAAAAACAUCAACAUAUGAACGUGGUACUUAUUAUUAUUUUGAUGCGCAAAGUUGGAGAAAAGUAGCAAAAGAAUUUCAUUUGGAUUAUACAAAACUAGAAAGUAGACCUCAUCUUCCCACAAAUUUUCAUCAAACCCAGCCUUGACUACAGGUAUUUAUAAAAAUAUCUGCUUGCAGACCAUUGUACUGUCUUUAAGUUGGACAGGAAACAACUAUUGUAUAAAUGAACAAAUUUAAUAAUCUUUAAUAAAAACAUAAAAUUUGAAGAGUACAGAAAUGAAGUUCUUUAAUCACUGACUCAAUUAGAAAUGGAAGUGAGUCUAAUGUAUUUGAUAUUGACAAAUGAUUUUGAUACAUGAUCUUAUGUGUUAAAUAUUUAGAUGCUUAUAUAUAGAAUAAUGUACUUUUCAAUAAUAUAAUGAUCAUUAUGAUUUUAGCAGUGUAUAUAAUAAAAAUAAUAAGUAGUACUGAACUAAAUUUUGACAUUUAGGCAACUCAAAAUACAAUAUGUUCAUAAAAUCUUUAUGUAUAUGAUCAUUUAUUUUGUACCUAUGUAAUUAAGAAUGUAAAUGAACUGUUUUUUAAGAAACAAAUUUAUUUUCAUAA